AUGAAAGCCGAGUUGGCAUUAGUAAGAGAACGAAUUGCUUGGACUCGUAGACAGUUAUGCAGAGUGGAUCAACGUAUUUUAUCUCUGAAUGAACAAUUGUGGAUGACUUUAAAUGAAGAACACUAUGCGACAGCUAAAAGAAUAAUCUCUGCGUCUUCUACGAAAACUUUCAACAAAGCACGUUCCACUCAUGCAGUGACUCAGAUUGCCAAAUUCACAAAAUUGACGUCCUUUGGUCGGACGCAUCGCAGACAAGAAGAUUUGGCCAGUCAUCCACUACAACGCACCGUUAUCAAUAUGAGUGCUAGAAGGCUUACGCCGGUUGAAGAAGAUGUCUUGGCUCUUGGAUUAAAUUUCGCUGUGGUACCCCGUGUUCUUCCUAAAGAAGAAUUCGUACAACGUCUGGAACCGAAGUUAUACCACAUGACGAACGAUGAAGCUAGUAACAUCCGCGUCCAAAUCACCGAGGUUCUACGACGUGCAACGCUUCCAGCUUCGAAUUUAACCAAGAAUAAGAAGGAUACAUUGAAAAACUUAAGAGCAGAUAAGUCAAUACAUAUUUUAAAGGCUGAUAAGGGUAACGCUACGGUUAUUUUAGAUCGUCUAGAAUAUGAUAGUAAAAUCCUGGCUCUUUUAAACACUUCAACUUAUAAAGAGCUUAAAAGAGACCCUACAGCUAACAUUGAACGUAAAUAUGUUCCAAACUAUCUGGUUUUAAAAAGGCAGGUAUUUUGUCUCAAACACUUCAUAAUUGUUUGAGACCUUCAGCUACUGUUUGUCCAAAAUUUUAUGGUUUACCUAAGAUACAUAAACCUAAUGUCCCACUAAGACCUAUUGUAGCGUCCAUAGGUUCGCCAACGUAUGCCCUGGCUAAAUAUCUCGCUGAGAUAUUGAAACCAGUUGUUGGAAAAACAGAACAUCAUGUAGUAAAUUCUAAAGAAUUUGUAACAAAAAUGGAACAAAUUAGAUUGGGUAUAAGAAUGACAUUCUGGUAAGUUUUGACGUAGUUAGCUUGUUCACUAAUGUUCCAGUUGAAGAGGCUUGUAAUAUCGCGAAAGAAAGACUUCUUUCAGAUAUUACAUUAUCUCAAAGAACUAAUCUUUCUCCUGAGAAUGUUCAUGAUUUGUUGAAACUAUGUUUGACCACGACAUGUUUUCAAUGGCGGGAGAAAUUCUAUGAACAAACAAACGGCGCUCCAAUGGGAAGUCCAUUGUCGCCUGUUAUGGCUAAUUUGUUCAUGGAGGAAUUUGAAAAGAAGGCCUUAGCUACUGCAAAGUUGAAACCAGGUUUCUGGUUCAGAUACGUGGAUGAUACAUUGAGUAGCUGGUCUCAUGGACUAGAUAAUUUACAAAAGUUUCUAGACCACAUUAAUAGUUUGCAUCCAUCGAUCAAGUUUACUUUUGAAGUACAGAAGGAUGAUAAAACUAUACCGUUCUUAGAUGUUCUUUUCACUAUACAUGAUGAUGGGUCGCUAGGACAUAAGGUUUAUAGGAAACCAACACAUACAAACAGGUAUCUGCAUUAUAAUUCAUUUCAUCAUCCUAGUAUUAAAAACUCUGUGUGUAAGACACUCAUCAACCGAGCGAAAACAAUUUGUGAGGUAAGUAACAUUGACGAUGAAUUAGAACAUUUAAGAAAUGUUCUAAAAAUGAAUGGUUACCCACGGCAUUUCAUAGAUAAUGCUAUGAAAACGCCACAAAGUAUACAGCAGAAGAUUGAAUAUCAGUCGUCUGUUUGUCUACCAUACAUUGGUCCGGCUUCACACAAAAUCGAAAGAAUUUUGAGGAAUGAACCAGGUAUAAAGGUAUACCAUUCCAGCGAAAACAAAUUGUUUCGAGCUCUUUGCACACAUAAGGACAACGUAAAUGAAUCUCAGAAACCUGGUGUGUACCGCAUUCCUUGUGAAUGUGGUCUGGUUUACAUUGGUGAAACUGGUCGAAAUCUCUCAGUACGUCUUAAGGAACACAAGACGAAUUGCGAGAAAGCCGAGCAAGAUAAAUCUGCUGUGGCUAAACAUACUUGGACUUACGACCAUCGUAUAAAAUGGGACGAAGCAACCAUUUUGGCGAUUGAUAGUCAUAAGUUCUCUCGCAAAAUGAGAGAGUCAAUUGAAAUCGAGAAGCACAAUACUAUAGAUCAGGAGGGAAAGCCACUAGAUAGUACGUGGCGUGCUCUCUUUAAUGUGCAAAAUGAAUUUCUCUUGUCUUGGACACAGAAUAGGAAGUUAUACCAGAAGCGUAACUCGAGCAAAUAUUUGUCCGCGUUUUUACAAGCGAUUCGUCAUCAAUCACGCCAUCCUGGCUAGUACAACCGGCACUUUGUACCUACCAAAUUCUGAUAAAAACUUCCGGCUGUACUAGCCAGGAUGGCGUGGCCUGACGUGAGCGAGUUAAAAUUUUCGUGGACGUCAAACAAUAAGGGAAACGACUAGAGUUACGCUUCUGGUAUAACUUCCUAUUCUGUGUCUUGGAUGCGCGCGCGUUAAUUGGAAUCACUUCACUACGUUUGAAAUGACGUGGUUGAUGUGCCGUUUAAUUAAAUUUCAAAUGACGCGAGCCAACAGAUCACGACACUCUUGUAUCACAGAAUAGGAAGUUAUACCAGAAGCGUAACUCUAGUCGUUUCCCUUAUUGUUUGACGUCCACGAAAAUUUUAACUCGCUCACGCCAUCCUGGCUAGUACAACCGGAAGUUUUUAUCAGGUUUUGCUAGGUACAAAGUGCCGGUUGUACUAGCCAGGAUGGCGUGAUUGAUGACGAAUCGCUUGUAAAAACGUGGACAAAUAUUUGCUUGAGUUACGCUUCUGGUAUAACUUCCUAUUCUGUGCUUGUAUAUAAAAAGAGCGUGUGAAUUAAACAAGUCACAUAUUAUUAGCACUGAUGAAGAUCCGGGCUUACGGAUCGAAAGCUUUGCAGUAAUAAAUUUACGUGGUGUUUCCACAAACAAAAACAAUUAUCGCUUCUCCUGUUUUACAAUUAUGCCGUCAAAGGAGCCCCUGGGAAAGUUUUGCCUCGGGUUCCGCACAACCUUUCGGCGGCCCUACUGAACGGUUUCUACGAACAGAUUACACGCCGGACAACGUAUUUUUAGUGUGAUACCUACCUAGACAUGCGUAUUACCUAGAUACGUUCUGUUCUAGUUCUGUUGUGAUUUGGGGUGUGAUUUUAUUGUUGAUAUUAAUAUUACGAGUAUAGAGUUGAGAGUAUAGAUUUUCAAAGAUAGUGGGAUGUACCGUCGACUCGGUACACUGCUCUUAUCGAUUAUAUACUCAAUCUACUGCAUUGUACAGCACUGCAUUGCACUGUUCAGUACAUUACUGUGCGGUACCACUCUGUGGCGGUACUGAUGGUUCGGUCCAUUGUUCAGGCUUUCUUUUAUUUUUUGUUUCGGCAUUCAGUAUAUCAGGUGAUUUGACGGUGGGCAAAGGACUGGGACUAGCAAUAGAAUAGAAAUCCAUUUUCGUACCUUUAAUCACUUGUCACGCCCUGAUUCUUUUGUGAAACUGUUUGAAACUUUGUGUCUGUGUCUUGCACAAGGAAAUGAAUGUCUGGGACAAAUUUGAAAUAGAAAUCUAAUAUCGUUGAUGAGAUAUUGAGUAAUUUUAAACCAGAAAUGGAUUUCUAUUUUACAACUAGUGACAGGCCUUUUCCGAGAUCACCUGGUAGUAUACCGCUAUAAGUGUGAUCACUCUAGCAAAAUUGACUGUAUAUAUAGCCAUUAUAUAUGAGCCAUGCUUUAGGAAUAGACCCAUUGCACUGACGUCACAAAUCCCUAGAGUGUCCUCCAGAUGCUCCCUAACAAUAUCUGUUCGGGUACAACAACCACAUACAGCGCAAAAAUUAACAAUUUUAAUACAAAAUUAUUAUAAACUUUUACAACAUUUGCUUUGUUUACAAAAGUUAUACUAUGCAUAGAUUGCUAAUUUGUCCUCCAGAUGCAUCGUCACCGGCGCUGUGACGCCAUGUGCAAUGGGUCUAUAGUGUACUUGAGUUGGAUUUUCGGCUGGCCCAACAAGAUCCAACACGUAAUUAGUGAAAUAGUGAAACCUGAGUAUUUUGGCAAUAUAACGCAAUGCAAUACAGACAUACAGCAUGCAUAACUGUAAGAAACACAACACUAACCGUAUAAUAGUCUAUUUUAAAUUGCUUCUUCAGCUCCAUCUUUAUCUUCGAAAUCCACGUUGCUUCACCGACCGAACUUUCCUGCAGAAAUUAACAAGUAAGGAAGAAUUUUUGUUUCUAACACUAAAAUAGCCAAGUACUGCGAAUUGAACACGGCACAGCAUGAACAUUUUUUAGUCCUUGCUGUCUGAAGUGCCUUUUCUUUGUUUUAAAUUAUAAAUAUAUAGUUAGUAUACUCUUAUAUUUACAUUCAUAGUUAUAUAGUAUAUUACUACAUGUAUUUAGUUAUAGGGCCUAUUAUUAUUACGGUAUUAUUACCUACAGCUGUACUGUUAUAAAUAAAUAUAGACUAAAUAUAUGAAAGUACUUACAGUAUUGUGUAUCGUAUGUGGGGAUGAGAACUACUUGUAUAUAUAUCGUUAACGUCCCGAAUACUGACCGUCCUUAAUCAUUGGACCGAUUUUGCACUCACCUGCGUCCCAAUUGCGUAAAUAUCAUGACCUACGACUUCCAUGAUCUUUAAAUCAUUUAUCGUUUCUCCAGUACCACUGCAUGUCAACCAUGACUCUAUCUUUUGUGGUGAAGCACUUCCUUUAGUUAAAAUAUUAUUUAAUAGUUAUUUAAUGAAGAUCGAGAGAGUCAAUUAAGUCAAGGUAGAAGAGAGAACGGUUCAGAAGAUGCCGAGGACAUACAAAGCGUGCAAAAUCAGAUGCUAGAAUUAGCGAUCGAGGACGAAUUGCUGGACUGUAAUGAAGCGGAACCAAGCAGG